CACAUGGAAUGCCCAUCUCUGAACCUGAGGGACAGAAGCUAUUCUAUCUAGCAUAGGAGCUGAGAUAUGAAGAUCUGAAGUUCAACAUGGUCAAUCUAGACCCCAAAGUAAAACUGUAUUUGGGCAAAGAGGGACAGAGUCCAGGCUUGACUUCACCAGAGCUAAAAUCCCAGCUUUAUACAGAAAGAAGACGUAAGCCUCAGAACAACAGAGAAGCAUACAGCCCCAAAGCCACAGGGAAGCAGCUCGCCUAUUGCGUCCCUUUACCAUGGAGUACCUUUCAGCCUUGAACCCCAAUGGACUGCUGAGGUCAGUUUCCACUAUGGGCUCUGAGCUUGGCCGUAGGGUCUGGAACUCAGGCCCACCACCUCAGCGACCCUUCCGUGUCUGUGAUCACAAGCGGACCGUCCGGAAGGGACUGACAGCUGCCACCCGCCAGGAACUACUAGAUAAGGUACUGGAGACCCUGCUGCUAAGUGGAGUGCUAACCCUGGUGCUGGAAGAGGAUGGGACUGCAGUGGAGAGUGAGGACUUCUUCCAGAUGCUUGAGGAUGACACAUGCUUGAUGGCGCUAGAGCGGGGACAGAGCUGGAGUCCCAGGAGUGGGAUGUUGUCAUACGGCCUAGGACGGGAGAAGCCAAAACACAGUCAGGACAUUGCCCGCAUCACCUUUGAUGUGUACAAGCAAAAUCCUCGGGACCUCUUUGGCAGCCUGAAUGUCAAAGCUACAUUCUACGGGCUCUACUCCAUGAGCUGUGAUUUUCAAGGAGUUGGACCCAAAAAAGUACUCAGGGAGCUCCUCCGCUGGACAUCUUCGCUGCUUCAAGGCCUGGGUCACAUGCUGCUGGGAAUUUCAUCUACCCUUCGCCACGUGGUGGAGGGGGCUGAGCGGUGGCAGUGGCACAAGCAGAAUCACCUCCGUUCAUAACGAGAAAGGCUCUGAGCAUGUGCCCCAAGACUGUCCACAAGACAUGAGAGCUAGAAAGCAGCAUCAGAUUUGGGGUCUGCAGUGUACCAGAGGCAACUCACCCGACUCCAUCGCAACAGAGCCUGUAGUACACUGCCUUGGUUCUCUAGUCUGCACAUUUUCUGAAGACUGCUGCCUGUCUUACCUACAUCUCCUGCCUGCUACUUACCCUGCAGAACCACAACCUUGUCUGUUGGCAUCCUGAUCCCACCAUAAUUGCUGCCACCUCUAGAUUCCUACUGACUCCUAUCCCAAAGAUCCCACAUACCAAUGACGACUGUCCCUAGCUUUGCCUUGAGUUACCUUUCCCCUAAAAAAUAAAAAUAUUCCCAAGAAAAAUA